AUGGAGGGGGGCCGGCCGACGGAGCCGGCGCGGCCUUUGGCGGAGGCGGAGUACGCGGGGUUGCUGCUGCCGGUCGACUACUCGGGAGCCGAAGGUCGUGCGCGCGACUUGCGCUCGCCUGCUUCGCGCUUGGUUUCGGACCCGCACUCGCGCUCCUCAGGUGCCGGCGGUGACUCGGCGUUCAACUCGCGUUCCGCGCCCGAACCGCGGUCUCGCGCCGUCGCCGAGACCUCUCGCUACGAGGGACGCACCACCCGCCUCGCCGGCGACCGUCUCUCCGCCGAGCGGCCGACUGCGGGAACCGGGGAUCGAACCGGCGACCGAACCGGCGCCGGGGAUCGAACCGGGGACCGGGCGGGCGAGUCGGCGUACGCCAUGCAGGGUGGCUACCUCUACGAACCCGCUGUAGAACCGCGCUACGCCUCCGACCGCCUCCCCAACGCCGCCUCAAGCAAUGAGUCGCUUCUCGGUUCCUCGCGCAAAAAGUGCGAUAGCACAGACGCGGACUCCGACACCAGCCCGAAAGCCGGCAUCAACGAACGCAGCAAGAGCUUCAGUCCUGAAGCCUCCGUGAAGAAAAUCGGCCCGCGGGGAUCCCUCUCCCAAAUUUCCACGAAGAACCUGAGGCAGAACAAGCCGCAAAGCACUCCAGGGGGUGUGAAUGAUACGUCGGUGUCGACGAGUGCGGGUGCUCCUAUGGGAAGCAAGACGAUUUACUCGCGCAAGUUUUUGUCAUUGAAGACACUGCGUGUUCAGGGUUUGCCUGGGUACGCAUUGAGUCACGCGCGUGCGUUUGAGUGGCUGGGCAAGUACGGGAGUGUCCAGAAGUUGGUUGUUGUUGACAAGUCUCCUACAUCGGUGUUGGACGUGGAGUAUGCGACGAUGGAGUCAGCGCGAUUGUGCAUUUUGGAUGCGCACGGCAGUAUAAUUCGUACAGGUAAUGGCGAGAAUGAGUUCCGCAUUCGAGUGUGUCCAAGUGUAGUGCACUUUUGUCCCCAAUACUUGCACGGUUUAACUUGUCAUAAUCCUCGUUGUGUCGAUCUCCACACUAGCGAAACCUGCGACUGGAUCCGAGCGCUCUCAGCUACCGCCAGCAGCAGACAGAUUAGCGAGAUCAAAAGAGAUAUUGUUCGUGAACUCCGCGCCCCUUGGAAGGCCUCUAAAUGCAAGCCAAAACUCCUUGGUGAAUCCGAACAAGCCACCUACCAUAAACUCAAACUACAUGACCAUGCUGCCCAAAUCAUCCAGUAUAGCCCUGUGCUGAACCAACUGUACACACACCAGAGUUUUUUAUAA